GAAUGCAAGGAAAUGAGUUUACAAUUCACUAAAAACGGAAAUAUGCAAGGAAAUGAGUUUAUGUCGUUUGUAAAACAAGGAAAUGGGUUAAUGGUCCAACGUUUAAGUAUCAUAGUGUAUUUUUUUUAAUUUUUUUGAAACAUCGUUCAUCAAAGGUGAAGUACAACGUACAACAGACGAAGCAAGAAACAAUUCUUCUAUUGACUACCAGUGAAGGCAUAUUCAGCAUACCUUUUGUUUCACAUCACUACCGCAAAAAACUAAGCCAACCUACCGGAAUCAAUGACAUGAAAGGUCUCUAUCACCCGAUCACCGCCAUCGGCGUCUGUAUUGCGGCGUAUUGCUGCGUUGCCAAGGUGCACGAAAUCCUGACGUUCCUCGACUUUUUUGAGAAACCCUCUGUGCACCACGACGAAGCUUGCGUCAAGGUCAUGUCUAUUGGAGCCUCAGAAGACCAGACCCAAUUCAACAGCAAUUCCAUCGUUAUGACAGAAUGGAGAGCUACGGGAUACCACCCGGGAGAAGAGAAACCACCCGGAGCAUUAUACGUGUCGAGUGGAUUCAAGCAAGGUACUACGGCAAAGAGUGCCCAAGAAUUCGUCGAGAACAACCUCAAAAUCCAAGAGCUUCCGAUUUUUAAUUAUCCAGAGAAUAUCGAUUUUCAUCCCCAUGGGAUGUACAUUCGGAAAGAGGAUAGCACGCUCUAUGUCAUCAAUCACGCGUACGAAAAUGGCGGAGAAAGAAUCGAUGUGUUUGGAGUUGGAACCGCGGAUGAUGGUGACGAUGACACAGAGAACGACAUUCCGAAUCGCCUAGAUUAUCAAUAUAGCAUUACAUCCGACUGGAUGAACAACGAUAUGCAUGGUAUUCUCAAUUCUUUGAUUGUAGUCGAGAAGAACAAAUUUUACGUGACACAAUACCUCCCUAUACCAGAGCGCCACGACGGGUGGUUGAGUUUUGAAAGGAACAUUGACAUUGAAAGAUUCAAAACACUGGUGUUUGGGAAAAGGGGUACCUAUGUGUGGUAUUGCGAAUACGACGAUGAGUCGGGGUCUCUCGACUGUCGGAAGGUCGCCGACCAAUUCAUCGGUGCGAAUGGAAUCACCCACAACGAAGAUUACUCAAAGAUUUUCGUUGGGGACUAUUUCACGAUCAACGUGUUUGACAGGGAUGCGUCCUCCAACGAGCUGCAAAAUCGGACGACCAUCGACGUUCCGAAUUUUGUGGACAAUCUCAAGUUCGAUAAGGUGUCGGGGAAUGUUUACGGCGGGACCAUCAACAACCUGUGGUACACCGUGUUCGUGCACCCUUUCCCGGCCGAAAGCGAACAGUCGACCUCUGGCAUAAUGGAAUUGGCUUUCGAUCCACAGACAUCAUCGUGGCAAGCGAGGGAAAUAAUAUCGAGCUCGAAACUCAAUGCUAUUUCGAACGGGUUGAAAAUGGGUGAGUUUUAUGUAAUGGGAGCGGGGGGUCUUGGGUAUCCAGGCUUAUUGGUUUGUCCAGUAAUAAAAGAAGCAGGACAGAGCAAUACUGGAGGGGGCAAGGCGUACGAUUCUGAGCUCUGAGAUCAAACGCUCGAAGCAGAAAAUGCUUCAAACAGAAACAAAUGUCUAUCUAAAUC